AUGGAGUUGAAGGAGACAUUAUCACAUGUCGGGGUCCUUUGCAGUGCUCAGUUGGCUGAAGUCGCCACCGUCUCGCUAGUGCAUAUGUACAGGUUAUUCCAGGGCCCGGUGAGAAACAACGGCUACUUGUUUGUAGAUGCGAACGUUUCCAGGCACCAGAAAAGCGAUGAGAAGGCCGAGCUGUGUGUCAGAGAGCCGAGAAGACGCCGAGAAACGGUGAACACAACAUCAGAGCUGAGGUCAAAACCAUUGAGUAGACCAGCAGGCCACGGGGACGCUCCCGAGGGCCGGGGGAGAGAGGACAGUCCCCAGCGAGGGCGGCGGAGAGCCGGCGCUCCCCGAAGAGCAGGUGGGGAGCGACGUGGGCCACCACCCACGGCUGCCACCACCCACAAGCGCCACCACCCACGGCUGCCACCACCCACGGCUGCCACCACCCACGAGUGCCACCACCCACGGCUGCCACCACCCACGGCUGCCACCACCCACGGCUGCCACCACCCACGAGUGCCACCACCCACGGCUGCCACCACCCACAAGCGCCACCACCCACGGCUGCCACCACCCACGGCUGCCACCACCCACGAGUGCCACCUCCCACGAGCGCCACCACCCACGGCUGCCACCACCCACGAGCGCCACCUCCCACGGCUGCCACCUCCCACGAGUGCCACCACCCACGAGCGCCACCACCCACGGCUGCCACCACCCACGAGCGCCACCUCCCACGGCUGCCACCUCCCACGAGCGCCACCACCCACGAGCGCCACCACCCACGGCUGCCACCACCCACGAGCGCCACCACCCACGAGUGCCACCACCCACGGCUGCCACCACCCACGAGUGCCACCACCCACGAGUGCCACCACCCACGAGCGCCACCACCCACGAGUGCCACCACCCACGGCUGCCACCACCCACGAGUGCCACCACCCACGGCUGCCACCUCCCACGAGCGCCACCACCCACGAGCGCCACCACCCACGGCUGCCACAUCCCACGAGUGACACCUCCCACGGCUGCCACCACCCACGGCUGCCACCACCCACGAGCGCCACCACCCACGAGCGCCACCACCCACGGCUGCCACCACCCACGGCUGCCACCACCCACGAGCGCCACCACCCACGGCUGCCACCACCCACGAGUGCCACCACCCACGGCUGCCACCACCCACGGCUGCCACCACCCACGAGCGCCACCACCCACGGCUGCCACCACCCACGAGUGCCACCACCCACGGCUGCCACCACCCACGAGCGCCACCACCCACGGCUGCCACCACCCACGGCUGCCACCACCCACGGCUGCCACCACCCACGAGCGCCACCACCCACGGCUGCCACCUCCCACGAGCGCCACCACCCACGAGCGCCACCUCCCACGAGCGCCACCACCCACGAGCGCCACCACCCACGAGUGACACCACCCACGGCUGCCACCACCCACGGCUGCCACCACCCACGAGCGCCACCACCCACGGCUGCCACCACCCACGAGCGCCACCACCCACGAGCGCCACCACCCACGGCUGCCACCUCCCACGAGCGCCACCACCCACGAGCGCCACCUCCCACGAGCGCCACCACCCACGGCUGCCACCACCCACGAGUGCCACCUCCCACGAGUGCCACCACCCACGAGCGCCACCACCCACGAGUGCCACCACCCACGAGCGCCACCACCCACGGCUGCCACCACCCACGAGCGCCACCACCCACGGCUGCCACCACCCACGGCUGCCACCACCCACGAGCGCCACCACCCACGAGCGCCACCUCCCACGAGCGCCACCACCCACGAGCGCCACCACCCACGAGCGCCACCUCCCACGGCUGCCACCACCCACGAGCGCCACCACCCACGGCUGCCACCUCCCACGGCUGCCACCACCCACGAGCGCCACCUCCCACGGCUGCCACCACCCACGGCUGCCACCACCCACGGCUGCCACCACCCACGAGCGCCACCACCCACGGCUGCCACCACCCACGGCUGCCACCACCCACGGCUGCCACCACCCACGGCUGCCACCACCCACGAGCGCCACCACCCACGGCUGCCACCACCCACGAGCGCCACCACCCACGGCUGCCACCUCCCACGGCUGCCACGCGGGAGCCUCUCUGUCUUGGAGACGGCAUCUACGUCCUCUCCCUUUGA